AUGGACACGGUAUCCCGCGAUUCAGCGAGAGUGGCCGUCUCUCAGCCUCAAAUUGCGACACGAACCCACCUCAUACCACAUACCUUAAGAUGUUAUUCAGUGCCAUUCCUCACUGUCUUGCCCCUUGGCCGCGUCAUUGGCGCUGUCGUCCUCUAUACCGCCACCGCGAGCAACGAACAAGAUCACCUAUCAAGCCCCCUGAUCACCAACAUGCUUGAUGUGAAUAUUUUACCGAGCACCUUGAUCCUGGUAGCUUUCCGUUACUUCUCCCUGAAGGUGGAACAAAUGAAAGUCCCUACCGCGAAGUCGAAGAGCUCAAGGCCAGAGCAGGCUCGCGGCAAGCUAUACUUGAUAUGGUUUUUUGGACAUGCUUUGUAUUUAAAAGGGCAAAAAAUAAUUGCCUCACUUCGGAGGCUGGUAGACUGGCUGGUGACGUUUGUCAUCUUCUGUCAAGCCAUUCUGGUCCUCUGUUACACUUGGCUUGUAUUCGGGGCUUCCGGGGUGCUUUCUAGGUCCUUAUCUCGGGCCUGCGAAGGCAUAUUCACCACCAUAAAAGUGAUACUUUCAAUAGUUGCUUGGCCAUGCUUUGCGUUGCCAAUGCUCCUAUUCAGCACGGAUACCAUUACGCGAGCUGGCGGUCCUGCCGAUGCCGAUGCUGAACAUUCAAGAGAGCAAAAAAAAGCUGCCUCAAUUCGGACGCUGCUAGAUUGGUUGUUGACGAUUACCGUUUUCGGUCAUCAUGCCAUUGUGAUAUUCUAUCACAUUUGGUUUAUGUUCAAGCUUCGGAAAAGAUUGACCUUGUUUGAUGAAAUUACCGCCUCUUCUGUCACUUUGGAGACCGAAGCGAGGCCACAGAUUCCGAUGCAAGAGAUUCCGCAUCAAACAGCCAGCAUGGAUACAUUGUGGUACAGACGUUCGGGAAAAUCACACAAUAUUCGAAUUGCAGAUCGUAACUCGACGCUGUCCGCAGGCCUGACCUCGAUUGGGAGAGGGGUGGUCCCAGACGCAAACCAGCCUCAUCGUGAAGAACCAAUCUCCCAAAGUCGAUCAAAACUGCACAACAAACCCCAACCGCAACUCGUGACCUGGAAAUGUUCUUGUGGAUCGAGCCUGUCAGACUAUUAUACAGAUAUCAUACCAGGAAGCGUCCAGAGGCUGCAGGAGCAGCUGAUAGAAGAAGCUUCGCCUCAUUCCAGAAGGUACAGACUACUGUUUUCAAACAUAGUAGCCUUGAUCGCCUCCAAAUUGACAACAAGGGCGACUUCUCCUCAACAAUCGAUUGAUUCAAAGCAGGGGCCUCUAGAAUCCCCAUCAUCAUCAUCAGCCGGGGUUCGAGCUCAAAGUCAUACUCUCGGCUCUGGCGCUGGAGGACCUGCCCAAACUUCACCCUUUUAUCUCUCUUCUCCUGGAAUCCCCAAUCCUCAAGAGCAGACACCGGCUUCACUAGUCCAAUACCUUCUCUUGUGUUUUCCCGAAAGGUUAUGCGGCUUGAGACUAUACCACCAGCAACUUUUACAAACUCCUGGGUCAGCUCAGCUUCCCAAUUACGUGGUGAACGACAAUCAACUCUUCCGCCUAUUGCGACGAAAGUAUUCAGCCGAGCGGAGCAACAGUGUCUCGCGAUUCUGGCCAAAGACAGUAAUUCGAGUAUCGCUGGCUCAUUUUCUUGUGGACUCAUCGGACCUGGUCGACCUUCGACACUAUGCAUGCCUCGGGGCGGCUGCCUAUUGUAAAUGCAUUCCGCCGGCCCAUGAUAACUCAUAUCACUGCACUCCGCGGCCUUCACCGUAUACUCCUCCCAUUGGUACAAACUACCUGACACACCUCUUCCAGCACCCGGAAUGCAUCAAGAGCGGCAAUACCCGCAUACUCAACCAGAUUCCUAAACGGCUCGGCCAAUGUAUCGCCACCUCUGGGGCCGAGGCGAUCGAGGGCUGGGGGAUAGAGUUCGAAGAAGGUUGGGACCGUGGCCGGCUCGGGAACGCGGCGUUUCUCGUCGUCGUGGCUGGAACUCUACUGUUUGCAGUGCUAUGGGCCGUCCUGAAGCGAGAUAUACAAAGUGCGUUUACGGUCUCGGCGUAUUUCGUCUCGAUAGUGGCGAUGGUGGGCGCAUACAUGGCUUCCACGGAGCCAAGGUUCGUUCACAAAUGA